AGGGCCAGCAGCAAGGCGUCUCUGUGACGUCACGGCGAAGGGAAGCUGCUGUGUUUACACGGGUAGAACAGUCCUAGCGGUCUGGGAGAACCAGCCCAAUUGGGCCCCGGGAUCUAGAGCUGGGUGCUGAUGAUCAUCUCUGGGACACGGCUGGGUUUCUCAUGUAGCUCCCAGUCGUGAAGAAUAUCGAAAUGGAAGUGGUGGAAAGUCCUCUUAACCUCGCUCACCAGCAGAGCAGGAAGGCUGACCGGUUGCUGGCAGCAGGCAAGCACGAAGAAGCCAUCACCUGUCACGGCAGAGCUGCAGACUUGCUGACUGAAGCCAUGAAACUGACGCAGUGUGAACAGGCCCAGCUGUCCCUGCAGCUGCAGCGGGAGAGCCACCUGAAGCAGCAGCAGUACGACACCUGGCUGUACCUGCUCAAGAACAAAGGGGCGCCGGCCGAGCCCUGCGCCGGCAGCAAGGCCCUCAAGGACGACCGGACCCGCCUGGAGGAGCAGGAGACGGCCCUCGCCGACCUCAGGAAGCUGGUGGAUUUCCUCCUGGCCGAGAACGAGAAGCUGACGCAGGAGAACCAGCGGCUGAAGACGGAGAACGCCAGGCUGAAGAGGGCCCCCCUGGAGAGGGAGCCCUACGCCGACGCGGAUUUCGUGGAGAAGUCCGAGCUGUGGGGGCUGUCGCAGCCCUCGGAGGACAGGAAGGCAAAGGACAUUCCGAUUCCGCACCUCCCGCCCCUGGAAAUGCCAGCUCAGGACAUCUCGCUGGAGGACCUGCCACCUGUGGAGCUGCCCGAGGACAUCCAGAAUGAACUGCAGGAGCUCCUGGACAGGGUCAAGCUGUAGCCAGGUCUGCGCAGCUGGACGGGGAAACUGGAGGAACUACAGACGAGGACAUGGCGAAUCUAAAGGGAGACUCUUGCGCUUGCUGGCGCGCAGAGAGCUGUUUCAAUGGGGAAAUGCACCACCGCACCAAGUGUUCACUGGUAGCCUGCAGAUCAAACAGCUACCACAAGGUGGUACUAUUAGCUGAGCGUUGUCAUGGACUGUACUCCCAAGGUACUGCAGCUAUUUCACCUGAUCUUUAGUAGGAUUUUGUGCCUUUUGCUGAAUCUUUUUAAAAGUAGGUUGUGUUGUGGGGGGGGUGUCGCACAAAAUGAUUACAUUAAUUGCGGCCAAGGAAGACAUUUCCUCUCUCUUCAUGCACAGAUCCCACCUUGCAAUCGUAUCUGAGAGGGUGCGACUGAAAAAUUGUCAUGUUUCGUAUUUUUUCAUCUAGGUUUCCCCACUGUUGCUCUAAAAAUACAAGGUAUCUCAAUAUCAUAUCUUUUCCAGGGUUAGCGAUACAGCCUCAGGUGAUUACAGUCUGAUGGCUUAGAUGUUUGUUCCCUGUUAGCUCCAGUAUACAGAGGAACACAAGAUUAUAAAGUUUCUUAUUGGAAAAAAUGUAUUUCUCAAUGUGUGACUUCACAUUACUCAGCUCUUUGUACUUCUUUGGUGGAAACAAAAUGAACACUGUGAUCUACAUUCAUAGUCUGUGGAAUCCUGCAAUUUAAUUAGUCACUUUGCUGUGUAAAGUAAGGAAGGAUGGAAAUCUAAUAAUCGGAGGCCUUGCCCCAAAAUCUGUGACAAUUGUUAUCUGGCCCAUAGGAAGGAAAUGGCUAGACUGUGUCCUUACAAUUGUGUCAAUAUUAGUUUUCCAAAAUGUAUAACUAUUGCUCUAAAUGACUCUCAUUGUUUGAUUGUGGCUGAGGCUGCCUAAGGUGUUGAUUUUGUUGCUUGGGCAUAUUAAGCAGCAGUUUGGUUUAGUGGAAAUGUGGAUGAUCAGGUUGAUGUCAAAAGAAGGACUUUUGUUCUGUAUUCUGAUGUUUCUAACCUACACAGAACGUGGCAUUAUUUUAUGUUGUUUACCAUUUAAUGCUUUGGUAUGCUACAGAAGCUAAAAGGUUGCGAUAAGUAACACAAACCAUUACAAAAAAUAAUCUAAAUGUUAUCAACUGCUUUUACUCGCCUUAUAUGGUAAUUCUACUGCCUAAAUUGUAGAAUUGCUAGAUUUUUAUUUUCCUCCUAAGAAAUUCACAGAACUCCACUUUGAGGGUCACUUACUAACAGUCUUUUCAUUUCACAGUAUCUCUAAUGCAAAUCAAUGGUGAAGCUGUGCUUUAAGAAGAGUGCUUUGGUGCUUCGAUAACAGUGUAGUCAGGAUCAAAAAGCAAAAAUCCUUUUGCUCAAUAUGAAAUGUAGUCCUGUUUGAGGUACCUCAUCUUCCAUUUUUUCAAGUUAAUUUGUACUGUAAUUAGUAGUCAUUUACAGACUCAUGAGUGAUUUUUAAUGCCACACUGAUAUACAUUUUCAGGUCAUUGCAUUUGAAUAUGCAUAAUGGAGAAGUACAAAUAUAGGUAUGAUGCUAAAUUUAAGCACUAACCUGGAUUAAUCAGCAUCCAGAUAUAGUGAGAGUUUUCAAUGUGAUCUAACCUUUGGAGCCAAGGAGAAGAACGGCUGAUAUUUAUGUUUUCUAAAGAGGGAACCAAAUCAGCAAUGUUUUUAUGUCUAAAUAAUUGGUUUACAUAAAGUAAUCAGGGUGCAUCUGAAUAUUUUUUUUGUAUUAUUGCUUGACGUCAAUCUAAAAAGAAAAUAUGUGCUAAUGAAAUUCUCAAUUAACGAUGUUAUUGUUAUGUUAUUGUUUUGGUGAUGCAUGAAUGACAGUACUGGCUCUAAAUAUAUUAUCUUUAAAAAAAAUCCAUACAAAAUAAAAGUUUAAGAUUUCCAUUUACAGAUGGUCUGAUAACAUUUGAAAGACUAUUGGCACCUGUGUUGUUUUUAUAAAGACAAAUUUCAUUAUACUGUGCCAAUUCAGAAUGCUAGAAAGCAUUUUAAGCUUUUAAGAGCAUCUUGGAUUUCUAUGUAGAGUAUUUUCAAGGAAAGUAAGAAGCUGCUGUCAUGGCACAUUUUUGCCUUUAUCCUUGCUGCUAACUUUUCCCUCUGCUUUAAGAUGAAGAUCAUUUUGUUCGUAGUCAUUCUGCUGUCUACUUUCACUACUGAAAAGUACCAGAAAACCUUUUAUGCUGCUUUAAAGUAGUUAUAUUAGCAUAACAGUAAAGACAUCACAAGCUAUUUCAGUUCCCUGUAGUCAGUUCAUUCAUCCACUCACUGCCGGAAUGAGAUGUUUUAGCUGUUUCCCUUUGUCUGUUGUCAUUGUGUCUCCAUGAAUUGUAAUUGGAAGUAGCCAGUGUCAUUUGUGCCGUGUAGCACUUGCAAUUCACUAAGACCACAGCUCCAAUUUUAGGGUCAAUAAUGGGUUUGUGAUUAAGGGUUGAGGAUAGCUUCAGAGCUGAGACUUGGGUUAGGAAUAAAACUGUCUUUCAGACUAAAUUCUGGUUGUAAAGUUAAGCAAUAAAGAUCAGGGCGAUUAGACGACAGUUAAACCAUAGUAUAAGGAUAGGUUCUGGGUUACAGUUACAUUUAGGAGUAAGGUUAGGAAAGAAUUUAUUUUUAACUAUUCACGUUAUGAACCUUUACAUGCAGUAUCACUGAACAUAAAAAAAUUUACAACUCUUGUCUAAAACACAGCUUGCUAUUAAUAUUGUAAAACUGAACUGCUUUGGCUAGGUAGUGCUGUUACUUGAAACCUGGAAUUAUUUACACCUCCCAAUUGUUAAUCUCCUCACGUUUAGUCCUACAGCCCUAGUACUCGUGCGGAGGUAUGAGAGGAGCCUAUCCUCUGAAAUGUGCAACUGGCCACCAUUUGCCAUGUGCUAGUGACAGAGCCAUGCUAGAUUGGAUCUAAUUAAUUCAGAAGUCGCAGGAUGUUGUCCAUUGGGCAUCACAAUUUGGGGAAGCAAGAGUCCAAGGUUGAGCUUUAGUGUUAAGUGGUGCCACCUUGUGGAAUAAACAAGUCUCAAUGGGGAAACAAAAAGUGCUUUGUGGCGCCGCUGGUUCAGAAAUUCUUAUGGCAGGGAUCUCAAAAUAUUAAAAACAUAAUUCAUAAAUUAAAUGAAAAAAUAAAAAAAUCUUUUCUAUGA